AUGGAACUACUGCCACAGGGCAAGAAGAAUAACGUCAAUGUCACCUUCGAGGACCAGCAGCAGAUAAACAAGUUUUCCAAGCUUAUAAUGCGGAAGGACAACUUGGAGAAGGAGCUAUCGCAGCAGAGACAGGAAAAGGAUUACCUCGACGACGUUUCCCUGGAGCUAGAGCUUGUCGACGAGGACGAGCUGGUCCCCUACAAGAUUGGCGCCAUUUUCGUGCAUUUGAAGCAAAGCGAAGUGGUGGAACAGCUAGAACGAGAUGCAGAGAUAGUCGACGGCGUCAUUGAGUCGCUAGAGGCGCAGCAGACGGAGCUCGACGAAGACAUAAGAGUGCUGAAGAGCUCGCUGUAUGGCAAGUUCGGCGAUAAUAUCAAUCUAGAACGUUAA